CGCCAGCUGUGACCUCAAAGUGACAUCGUGCCGUGAUCUACGUGUCCAGGAUUUCUCUGAAGCUACACCAUGAAGCUGUUUGUCUGCAUGAUGCUGGUGACGAUGGUUGUCAUGGCAACGCUGAUAGACGACUCCGCGGGAUGGAGGCGUCGGCGCAGGCGCAGAAGGAAAGGUGGAAGUCUGGAUGUCAAUGCAGAUGCUGACUCAGAGUUGAGGGAGGUUGUGGAAGAGGCGAGGUCGCUCCUGGAGGAACUUGAUGAGGCCAGUGAAUAUUUUAAUACACGGGAACUAGAGAACGAGGAAGUGGAGAAUAUACUCGUGGAUCAGGAAGAAUAUAGAAAAAGAAGAAAUUAUCCUUGUUGCAUAAGUGGAUAAGUAGAUAUGAAGUCCGUACAUAGAUAGCAACCUUUAGGGCCAGGGGAGUUUGAUGUGUUCCGGGCUGGUGGAACG